AAUGCGACCAUUUUAUAUUUUCGCAAUCUAAAAUAUUGCGCUGCUAUCAUGAAAAUUGUGUUUUAGUGCUUGUUGGAUCUGUUGAAGUUUGGUUAAAACGUGUAUUCCGCAUUGGAUAUACGUUGAUCUCAUUUAUUGUCAUUAUUCGUUAUUUAUGAGAAAACAUUGUCAAACAUCUAGAAAUGAAGACAGCUCCGGAUCCAAUAUAUGUGCAGGAAUUUCUAUUUAAACAAUCAAAUACAUCCCAAAUAUUUGAUUUAAAAACUCCUGCAUAUAUUCCUACCGCAUGUAAUCUUCUUGUGGCUGACAAAAAACGAGGAUUACUUUAUGUUGGACAUGAUGAUAAAAUUACUGUCUUAAAACCAGCAGAGGAGAAUAAUGCAAAAUGGAAGAUAGAACUUCAAUUACCAGGCGUUAUAUCAAAAAUUGCAAUUAAUUGUGAUUAUAAUUAUAUUGCUGUAGCAGUAGCACUGAAGCCUACAAUAUUUAUAUAUGAUGCCAAUUCACUAGUUAGAAAUAUUCUUAACUUGUUACUUGAAAUAACAUCAUCCAACAAUUUAGACAGUUAUGUGAUGGAUAUACGAUGGAAUCCUACUGUACCUACAAUGCUUUGCACUGUCACUAGUAAUUGUACUAUUGGCAGUUUCCAAAUAAAAGUAGAUGAAGAAGCAAGAGAAAAUUCUGUACCAAAAAUAUCUGUACUGUCAAAAAUCUCGAACGAACCACAGGCUCUGUGUGCAGCCUGGAGUCCCAAAGGCAAACAAGUAGCAGUAGGUUGCAGAAAUGGAGAUAUUGUACAACUGAAACCAGAUACCUUGAAAGUUGCUAGAACUAUCGCGGGUCCCUUGCCAUCUAUUGGAGAAGUGAUUAGUAUAUUGUGGAUUAGUAAUUAUCAAUUCUGUGCUGCGUAUCUGAACAGCGAACGACACACAAAUGUUCUCAUCAUUGAUGCACCAAAAGGAGAAGUAAACGCUACAUUUACAUGUUAUGAAGAUAUCACAUAUGGUUUUCCUGACGCCGAGGGAGAAGGAAGUGUUCUUCGUUAUUAUUUUGAGCAUGUGCCAGAAUGGGGACUUAUCAUAGCGGGUAGUAGCACCAGUAGUGAGAUAGCUGUGUUAGGAACUAUAGAUGGAGGCGCAAAUUGGAAUCAAUGGCAAUUGGUUGAUAGUGGUAGGGCUCAAUUGCCUUUGAUGAGAACCACGGAAAUUUAUCCUAUGGGUCUAGCUGUGGAUAAAUCUCCAACUAACAAAUUACCAUGGGGUACAGAGUCCACAUUGCCACAUCCAGUCCCCAUUUUACAUAUUCUUGGAACAUCUGGACAAUUGUGUAGCUUUCACAUGGUCAACUUGGCACCCAAUUGUCCCGCCAUCAAUGUACGUCCUACGGAGAUUAUUACGGCACCAAUUCCGUUGCAGCCUAGUACUUUGUCCACGGAAGUAUCAUUUACUAUGAACUCUGCGGUGACCAGUACACCACGUCCGAAGCAACCGGAGAUCGUGCCUGAACGAUCAAAGACCGCUCCGAUGACGAAUAUAUUUGGCGAUUCUCUGAAAGCAGCAGGAUUCUUUCAACAACCUGUAGAGCAGCCGACAAUACAACCGAAGUUACAAGAAGAAAAGACAGCGCCACUCGUGAUCACAAAGCCCGUUGUAUCCAAAGAAACAGUGCUAGAACCUACAAAAACAGAAACUAAAUCAGUAGUAAUAGAUAAAGAAGCAAGCUCGCCGCAAGUGAUAGAACAGAAAGCUUCUAUAGAUGACGGUAUACGAAUGCGAGCUUAUUUGCAAGAGCAAGUAUUGUUCGAGAAAGAAUUACGAAAUAGAUUGGAAUCGCAAGUAUGGGAAUGUGGCACGGACGAAGAAAAGAAACGACUCGGAGAGACAUCCGCCGUCAUAGAACAAUUCUUGAGAGAUUUGAAAGACACUACUAAUAGUUUGUCCAGUGAUAUAGCAUACUUAAAGGCUCUGUUACUUCAAUCGUUUGCAUGGGUCGAAGAAACUAAAUCAAAGAAUGCAGCUACUACCGACAUUACUGGAAGAAAUUGCAACGAUAACAGUAAGAUAGCAGAACUACAACGAUGUUAUUAUUACACCCAGACGCAGCUCAAUCAAGUUAGUAAAAUUUUGGAUCUGGAAUGGUCGGAUCAUAAAGCACAGCAGAGGUCGAAGAUGAAGAUUCCUAGCUUGGAAUACGUGUAUCAGAAUCUUCUGAUUCAUAACAAGAUUAUUAUGAAAGAAAAAGAGAAGCUCGAGAAAAUUUCGCGACGGUGGAAAUCUCACAAUCGCUCAGCGCAGUACACGACUGGUGAUAUAUCCAGUCUCAAUCGUUCGAUGGUGAAUUUACAUUUGAAUUCGCAUGAAAAAUCAUCGACCGUACGAAAAACCGACGUUAUUGACGUUCAUUGUAAAACCAUCGCCUCGAGAACUUUAAGUUUCACGCGUGAAAAGCAAAUCAAGCUAAAGGCAUUGCUCACCGACCUAUCCUCCCCGAGAACUAUCAAGCCGGAAAAUCCGUCACCGAUUCAAGAUCGUUUAAAAGCCACACUGUCUUCCCUAGCGUCUCUCAGUCCUGCGGUCACUGAGGCUAAGACCAAGACCGAACCACCAAUUGUUAAACAAAGUACCGUCGUCAAGCAGCAGACAGUGGUCGAAAAGCAGAUUAAGCCACAGAAUCCCCUUGCUUCGUUAAAUAGUAUCGUUGCGAGAAUCGGUUCGUCUGAUACGAACAAUAGUAUUGUUACUCAGAACAAAACAACUCAGCAGAAGCCGCUUCCUGCAACCGUUUCUUUUUCGCCCGCGAUGUCUGUUAAACAAACGGAUAAGAAGCCUAUUCUAACAGCAGCUUCCAUAACAUCCCAGUCCAAACCGAAGCAGGAUCUUAAUGUUAACUUUCCGUCGUCUAUCACGUUUGGAACGCCAGCGCUGAAAGCUCAAGAUACCAUUUUUCCAAAAUCUCCUAUUAUAGAUGCAACUAUUAGAAGCAAUAAAGAAUCUACGAUCAACGAUAGCAUCCCUAAAGUCGCGGAAUCCGCUUUAGCCUCAACUGGAAUAUUGAAGGAUGUGUUAUCAACGGAAUAUCCGUUAGUGGAGGCUGCUCGUAUUGGAAUUACUCGUAAUCUUCCAUCGCUCUCCGUAGCACCAGCCGUGAAAACAGACGCUGCUGCUACAUUCAGUUUCGCUAACGCAGUUCCAUCUGUUACGAAGAAUUCAUCUUCUGGAAUUGCGCUCGACACGGCGACUCUGUCCUUCGCUUAUGCGAAACCACCCGUGGAACCAUCCGCACCGGCGGUUCAAACACCACUGCAAACACCGAUAGAUUUUUCGAUUCUGUCAUUGACUCUUCAACCGACGAACUCGAACAACAACGUCGACGGAAAGAUAAACACGAUCGCGACUUCCCCGAGUUUUGCUGCGCUGGCUCCUGUUAUAACAACACAGGCUCCCACGAUGACUGCUGUUACACCUAUUACAACUAUCGGCGGACUUACUAUCAGUAUUGUAGAUCCUAGCAUCGCUCAACGUAAAUCGAUGGAGGUACCAUCCAUCAACCCGGUCACCAUUGAGAAAAUCACCACGUCAGAAGCGAAAGCACUUAAUUUUGGAUCCAUAGCUACUCAGGUUCCUCCAACUUCAUUAUCUGCGACAUCGAUAUUCGGCGGCCAAGCUCUCAUAAAGAGUGCUCUUCCAGAAAUGACGAGUACGACACUGCCUGCUACAACGACGAACUUUGGUGCAGUCGCUUUUCCGUCGAUUACACCUACAUUUGGAACGUCAACUCCGGCAUCGACCGCAUCGGUGUUCAGUGGAUUCGCGUCGAACACGUCCGCCGGUAUUACUAUCGCUUCUUCAUCGGCAACAUCUGUCAGUAGCAGCACUCCGGCUCCUUUCCAGAGUUCCUUAAAUAAGCCAACGUUUGGUGAAAGUACCGUCACCAGUAUAUCAGCCACGAGCUUUGGAAUUAAUCCCAAUAGUACCUCUGCGGGUACAAUUCCAUUCGGCAUUCCUACGGCGACGACAUCGACGACGACGAUGACAACGACGGUGGCGGCGACAGCAGCAGCAGUCUCGAUCACGCCGGCUUUCGGUAAAAACAGCCCGAUAGCAUCUCCUGUGUCAAAUGCACAAUUCCCGAACGUUCAGAUAUCCUCGCCGUCUGCGAUGAACGUCUUUGGGAAGCCAAUAAUCAAUCCUGCGUCAACGCCGUUUGGUAAUAGCCCGAGUUCUGUGUUCUCCAACGUGCCCGCUCCAACAUCCUCCAAUACUUCUAUAUUCGGAGGCAACAGUAUGAACUCCAUCUUCGGAUCGGCACCGUUAUCCCCGAGUGGAAAUAUCUUUGGGGGUAAUGCGUUCGGUACAUCAGCAUCUCCCUCGGGAUCUGUAUUCGACACCGGUACACCGAAAUCCGGGAUCAUGUUCGGCGGAGCGACAAACACCUCUCCAACUAUUUCUCCAUUUGGUGGUGCGACGAGUAACGCGUCUCCGUUGAUCGGUACUUCCGCGAACACGAAUGUCUUCAGAUCUACUAUGCCUAACACGUCUCCAAUACAGCAACCUGUACUUGGCGGUAAUCAAGCCGCUUUCGGACAGGCUUCUACCUUCGGCACCAAACCAGUCUUUGGUUCAUCGCCAAUCUUCGGAGGGUCAAAGCCUGUUUUCGGAAGUAGUUUUGGUUCAGCUCCUACGUUUGAGUCUCCUGGGAUAGGAUUUGGAAGUGCAUCCGUUAUGCAAGGUGGUUCUACAAUGGAAAACAUGCCAAAAGUAUUCGGAGAAGUAUCAGGCAGUAGUACAUUUGAAUCUUUGGCCAAUCAAUCGGGUGGUCUCAGUUUUGGUAGCUUAGCCCAAAAGAAUCCAGAACCAGAGAAACCUACAUUCACUGCCGGCAGCUCGUUCUCUAGUUGGAGGUGAAUAAAGUACGGUUGCGCGGCUAAUUUAUUUUUAAAAUUAUUAUAUAUCAUUCACACUGAAUAGAAGCCAAGAAUGAUGUAAUUACGAA